UGCAAGCAAUUUUAAAUAUUUUUAAGAUACAAAUGAAGUCGCCAUAAUUGACCACAUAUCAGACAAGCGCGUUCACAUCAGAUAUCAACCCUCCUUGGAACAGCAGAUUGCCGAAGGUGAUUCGGAGGGACUGGAUGGUCAGUUUAGGGUGACGUAUGACGUAGCAAGACAAAAUGACGGUGGUGACAUGUUGUUGGUGAAUGGCUACUUUGUGCACUUUUUCGCUCCCACUGGUCUUGAACCUAGACCAAAGAACGCCGUAUUCAUACUUGACAAGAGUGGAUCUAUGUCUGGCACAAAAAUUCGACAACUCAGAAAGGCUAUGCGCACCAUUCUGUCACAACUCGAACCUGCAGAUAACUUUAACAUCAUAACAUUUGACAGUAGAAUAACUUAUUGGAAAAAUGAACAGCAGCUUGUUCCAGCAUCUGAAGCCAAUAUCAAUGCGGCAAAACAUUAUGUUAAUGACAUGCCUGCAAGUGGCGGAACCAACAUCCAGGAAGCAAUGCUUACUGGCAUUUCGCUGGUGGAGACACAUUCUAAUAGGGGCAGAUCAUCUGUUAUUAUCUUUCUGACCGACGGGGAACCAACUAGUGGUGAAACGUCACCGACGAGAAUAUUAGCGAGGGUUCUUGAGCGUAAUGAAGGCAGAGUGCCAGUGUUUUCCUUGGCAUUUGGACAAAACGCAGAUUACAGCUUGGUAAAGCGACUAGCAUCACAGAACAAUGGCUUUGGCAGAAAGAUUUACGAGGAUUCAGAUGCAGACUUACAGAUAUCAAAUUUCUAUUCCGAGGUUUCUACCGUUCUUCUGCAAAACGUCACAUUUACUUACCUCGAUGGCACCGUGGAAAGGGAACCCAUCAGAAUAAUAUGUGACCUAACACCGACUCUAAUGUUCGGGUCAGAGCUUGUCGUUACAGGACGGAUUUCAGAAGAGGAAACGAACGAACUUCAGCCCAUGAUAACAGGUAUUGGUGCCAAUGGAUUGGUAACUCUACACGUACCCGAUACUGCGCUUACCACACAACUAAAUAUCACACAAGACUCUGAUGCUUUCGGCAUCACGGAGAAACUAUGGGCUUAUCUCACUAUCAAACAGUGGAUUAAACAGAUGGAAGCAUCAACUGACGAAAAUAAACAAGAAAGUUGGAAAGAAAACGUUACUGCAAUGGCCCUCAAGUAUAAUUUUGUUACGCCCUUGACCUCAAUGGUUGUCACUCUCCCGGACGAGCUUCAAGUUUCUCCAGUACAAAUUGAGGGAGACGACAUGGGCCUUGAAGAGACUGUGGAUGUCCCUCAGCACCGCCAAAGUGGUAUAUUGCCGGCGUUGCUUGUUGGAAAAAGCCAAGCAGGGGUUUAUCAUUCAGGAGGUCAUAUAAUGCGUCACUCCAGCCGGAUGUAUACUGCUCCUAUGGCGACCUAUGACAUUCAAUCACUCCCUAGAAGGCGUAAACAACCAAUGGCAAGGUCGAAACUGCGAAAGAACCAAAAUAGAAUGGUGGCCCCAAUUCACCUGAUAACCAUGAUGCCCAACCAAUCUUACACGAACACAGUCCAACAAACUACUACACCACUAACACACCAACUAACUUCCACGAGCGCAAUCUCACAAACUACUACAAUGCUAGCAUCCCAACCAACUUCCGAGGGCACAAUCUCACAAACUACUACAAUGCUAGCAUCCCAACCAACUUCCAUGGGCACAAUCUCACAAACUUCUCCCACACCCCAACCAACCACCAUGAGCACAAUACAACGCAGUACAACCUCAGGCACGAUCCACCAGACCAGCACACCUACAGCCGAGUUUACUACCAAGAUCCCGAACAGCAGGCAACUAAUGAAGAUGCUUCGAACAAGAACUAAAGCAUCAGAUUACACUCUACUUGUUGUCAAGGGUGUCGACUUGCCCCUGUGCUUCAGGAAUCCGAGAAUCCAAUCUGUAGAUGAUUCGACCAUGUACAACUUAGCGAGGGACCCAGCUACCGCUUUUUCUGUCAGCGUUGGCUACACCUUUCACGGUUCCGGUAGACGACAGAGGACACGCAUCACUCGUAUAAGUAUCAAUGCAUCGGAUACCACAACCAGGAUGAGUCCAGGGUUCCGGGUGGAGGGCGAAGUCCGCCAACGAGCACAACCAUACUCUGUAUUCGGAGGGGGAGAGAACCCUAAAUGGGAGGUCGUCAAUCAAAAGUACAGACUUUCUCUUCUCGUUGAUUAUUCCAGAAAUACAAAUCGAAACCUCGAAGGAUCUUUGAUUAUUCCUAUAAAAGGGGAAGUACAAGAAAAACAACAUCCAAGAAGGAAUCGAUCCAAGGGAAAACUUAUCUUAAAGGCACUGAGGGGAGGAGUCAAGCAAACGAUCAAGACACGUGUUAAAUUCAGCAGACCUAUGCGUUGCUGGGUUGUAAAAACACAACUGAUGUUGAACGUAUAAAAAGAUAGUUCCAUUUAAUUCGAAGAAUCUUUUUAACAUCUGACAUUGUUAUUGUCAAAAACGACACAUUAUGUUAAAAGGAGUACUUCUUUAAGCAUUUUUUGUGACAAAAGUGUAGAUCUAAUUUAGUCUAUGUUUACAUCUCCACAGGCAAUUCUUACAACACAAUAGUUAAUGCAAUACCUGGUUACCAAACUUCAAUAGAUAUUCAAACUUUUACAUUUAGUUUAAUUAUAUCCAUCAAAUGAAUCAAAUAUAUGUAUUAGGAUUUCUGUUCAAAUGUAGUUUAUUCCAUAUUUGAACUAAAUUUGUCUCAAAUAACUUCUUAAAAUUCGAGAGAAAAAAACAAUCGAGAAAGAUGACAAUGCAAAUUGUCUAUGAUAACACUGCUAUUUCAAGUAAAUUGGAAAGUUAGAAUCCUAAAACUGAAAGAAAUGGGAAUGGUUAGCCAGUUAGCUUUAAAACCGAAUGGCAUUAUAUUGAGUUUAAUUCUCAAAUUUCAUGAACAGUUAUCGUCUUCAGCCUGUGUUUUCCCUUAUGUUUGUCAUAUGUAUAUAUAUAUUGCAGCCUCAAAAUGUUUAUUUUAUAUUUUUUUUAUAAAUCUGAAUUUUAUUUUUCUAUAGAAAUAUUGUUAUUGUCAAAAAUGUGUUUUGUCUCCAAAAACAAAAGUCUUUGGCUGUCAAACGCCUUCCCGACAAAUACAUAAUACUUAUUAUGCUAUAUACAAUUUUUGUCAUUUUCAUUCAAAUAUGAAAUUAAUGUUUUUUGAAUUUUAUCCAUUCUUGUAUUUAUGUGUGGAUAUUUUUUUCAUUGCUCAUAAAGUUGAUUAUAAAUGCAUUUCUUUAAACUCUUUCUCUUCCUUUUUUUUUACUAAAUAAAAGUGAACAAUUCUGA